AUGUCCGCCUUGCCGUGUGCCUGUGCCGUGUGCCUGUACCGUGUGCCUGUGCCGGGUGCCUGUGCCGUGUGCCUGUCCUGUGUGCCUGGGCCGUGGGCCUGUGCCGUGUGCCUGUGCCGUGCGCCUGUGCCGUGUGCCCGUGUCGUGUGCCCGUGCCGUGUGCCCGUGUCGUGUGCCCGUGUCGUGUUCCUGUGCCGUGUGCCUGUGCCGUGUGCCUGUGCCGUGUGCCUGUCCUGUGUGCCUGUGCCGUGUGCCUGUGCCGUGUGCCUGGGCCGUGUGCCUGUGCCGUGCGCCUGUGCCGUGCGCCUGUGCCGUGCGCCUGUGCGCCUGUGCCGUGCGCCUGUACCGUGUGCCCGUGCCGUGUGCCCGUGCCGUGUGCCCGUGUCGUGUGCCCGUGCCGUGUGCCCGUGCCGUGUGCCCGUGUCGUGUGCCCGUGCCGUGUGCCCGUGCCGUGUGCCCGUGUCGUGUGCCCGUGCCGUGUGCCCGUGCCGUGUGCCCGUGUCGUGUGCCCGUGCCGUGUGCCCGUGCCGUGUGCCCGUGUCGUGUGCCCGUGCCGUGUGCCCGUGCCGUGUGCCCGUGUCGUGUGCCCGUGCCGUGUGCCCGUGCCGUGUGCCCGUGUCGUGUGCCCGUGCCGUGUGCCCGUGCCGUGUGCCCGUGUCGUGUGCCCGUGCCGUGUGCCCGUGCCGUGUGCCCGUGUCGUGUGCCCGUGCCGUGUGCCCGUGCCGUGUGCCCGUGUCGUGUGCCCGUGCCGUGUGCCCGUGCCGUGUGCCCGUGUCGUGUGCCCGUGCCGUGUGCCCGUGCCGUGUGCCCGUGUCGUGUGCCCGUGUCGUGUUCCUGUGCCGUGUGCCUGUGCCGUGUGCCUGUACUGUGUGCCUGUGCCGUGUGCCUAAGCGCAUCGACUUCACACUAGCUGCUGACUACAUCAUCAGUCAUAUGGCACAGAAUCGUAGAAUGCUGACAUAG